AUGUUUAGCAAGUUCCCCAGGAAAUCAAAGCAGAAAAUGGGCGAUGAUCCAGAGCCCCCUGCCAGAGCCAGGAUCACCAGAUCAAAAUUUAAAGAAUCCAAACCUGACAAUAACCAGGAACAACAACAAGAUGAUAAUGGAGAAGAAGAAGAACAAGAAGAUGAUAAUGAUCGAGAAGAAGAUCGAGAAGAAAAUCAAGAUCAAGAUAAUAAAGAUAAUACCGAAGAUGAAGAUGAAGAUGAAGGAGAAAAAAUGAAUAUUGAUAUUGAAGAAUCCAAGCAGCGAAGCCCUCAUAAUAAUGCAUUCAAACAUUCAGAUUUCUCAUUAAAUGAUUUACUCAAAUGGGAUAAAUCAGAAGAAUCAUUAGUGUCAAUGUUAAAACUCCAAAUCGAAAGAGAACGAUCGCAACAAGAACAAUUGAAACUUCAAAACAUUAAGAAAACCAUGGAAGUGUUAAAUAUGGCCAUCAAUUACAAAAUCCCCAACGAUUCCAUCGCCUUGAUUUUCAAUAACCGUGUCCCAGUAUCUUUGGAAGACGCUAAAAGAAAACUUGUCGCCGCCCGCACUACCGCGUACAAUAAUAAUAAAAAUACUCUUCCAGAAAGAAGUAAUACUGCUGCUACUACCACCACCACGGCCCCAUCAGGAACCGUUAGUAAACCAUAUACCCAUACUCGAGGCACCAGCCGUUCACAAUCAUCAUCAUCGAUAUCCUCGCUGAGCACGUCUAACCAACCAACCACCUCGGUUUUUAAAGUCAAUAUCCCCCAACAAGUCCAGUACCAAUUCCAUCAAUGGCACCCAUCGAUCGGGUCUCGUAAAAUGGCCACCCUGCCCGAUGUGUCCACCGCCUCGUCGAUUCCUGGCGGGCAAAACCAAAGUUUUAUGACCACCAUUGGUUCCGGCACCACCACCUCGACUUUAAUGUCGCCAUCAUCAUCACAAAAUAAUAUCAGUACCUCCCAGAUUAUCCCACCGUUGAUGGGCUCGCCCACCCCGCGAUCGCCACUUCGCCGUAGCGUCGGCCAUCGACGUGGAUUAUCCGAUACCCUGGCAUUCAACCAUAAUGGACGACAAUCACAGUUCAUGGGUCCGUCAUUAUCAUCGUCAUCCCCAUCGAAAAUUUCCAAGUCCACCACCAUCACAAGCAAUAUUAAUCAUCAUAAUCAUCAUCAUAAACGGGGUCAUAAUUCAUCGCAUUCUCGCCAAGGAUCAAUCGAUGGCACCAUCACCAGAAAUUUUGUGUUUCCUUUGACUUCGUCCCCGGCCACCGGGGUCAGUGUUAAUUCAUCGAUAUCCCAAGGCCCAACGAUUUCUCAACCAUCGCCGGGACUUGUCCCCUUGAUGUCACAAUUCCAACAAGUGGCGAAUAAUCCUAGUGCGAUGUCUCAAAGACAACUCCUGCCAUCGAGAAACCCAAUCAAGGGGCAUAAGAAAGCGCAAUCGAAAACCGAUGUGAAUUUCAUGAUCUCGCCACCUGAUGAGCAUAUAUGA